AUGUUUAAAGUAGCAACAAGAGUCGGUGAAAGUGUCCCACCAGACACCCAGCAUGCAGUUUCAGUUUCUUUACCUACUUGGGAAAGUAAUAUUGGAUAUAGGGAACUGAAUCCUGUUGUAAUGGAAAAGUUUGUUUGUGGAUACCCAAGAGUCUUCGUUCCACUGGUAAAUCAAGAUUUUUGCAAUAAAGUACUUGAUAAAUAUUCUAAACCAUCGUCAUCAGAAAACGGUGAAGCAAUUGAAGAAAAAUGUUUAAUUUUCCCCUCAUUGCAAGUGGCUAAAAUUUGCGUUGAUUUUGUUACAAAACUUUCAAAUAAUUUGGCCAAAGUUAGAAUUGUAAAAGUUUCAGGUAUUGGCAAAAAAAGCACACCACAGGUUUAUGCUGUUAUAGUCGAUGCAGAAAAUUAUCCUCACUUGAAAGAGUACUACCAAAUUGCUGGUGAAGGUAUAAGUAGCAGACUAGGUAAUUACCUACUUAAUGGUGAUGAUGGUUGUGACCCUGAUGAACUUGCUUUAGCUGGUUCCAAUGCCAAAUCGGUAGUUAAAAGGAGGAUUUCCGAUGAAAUCACUGAUACUAUGAAUAAAUGUGGCACCGAUUGUAGCAAUGCAAAAUUAGAUGCAAAUAAAGAUAUUUCCUUAUAUUCUAGCGGUAUGGCCUCCAUUUUUUCAGCACUAAAAUUGAUUUUAAGUUUUGAUAAUGAAGGUAGUACAAGCUUUAUUGGCAAAAAAAAAACUGUUAUGUUUGGUGUUGGUUUUAGUGAUACUAUAACUCUAUUAGAAAGAUUUAGUAAUAAUUAUUUUUUGCCAUAUGAUAAAAGUUCUACUGCUUUAACCUAUCUAGAAAAUGAAAUUUUAAUUAAAUCUAAACAAGAGAAUGAUCCCGUCUUGGCUGUUUUUUUGGAAACACCAUCGAAUCCAUUGGUAAAAAUGGCGGAUUUGAUUAAAUUGCACGAGUUGUCAAUCAAAUAUGGAUUUUAUCUUGUUGUAGAUAAUACCGUUUCCGGUUUCGUGAAUUUAAAUGUUUUACCCUACGCCGAUAUUGUAGUUUCUUCCUUGACCAAAUUAUUUAGUGGUGCCUCAAAUUUAUUGGCUGGUUCAUUAAUUUUAAAUCCAGGGGUUGGUGAUAAUACUACAACCCAGAAGAAAGCUUUGUAUGAUUUUGCGGUUAAUGAGUAUUUCCCUAAAUAUUAUGAAGAUUUGUUGUGGGAGGAAGAUGCAAUUGUAUUGGCUAAAAAUUCUGAGGAUUAUGUCGACAGAGUGCAUCAAACCAAUGCAAAUGCCGAAUGGUGUGUUAAUGAGGUAUUAAUGCCAUAUAAGGGGAAACUUUUUAAGGGUGUUAAUUAUAUAACCACGAAAGACGAUGAUGAUAAUGAAACUUUAAAAAAUUAUACUGCCAUCAAAAAUCCAGUUGAUGGAGGAUAUGGUACUCUAUGCUCAGUAACAUUUUACGAUCUGGAAAAGGCCAAAGCCUUUUAUGAUAAUUUGAAAGUUUGCAAGGGGCCUUCUUUGGGUACAAAUUUUACCCUGUCUUGUCCAUAUACUCUUUUAGCCCAUUAUUUUGAUUUGGAAGAAGCUGCUGAACAUGGUUUGGAUAAAACGUUAAUAAGGAUAAGUAUUGGCAUGGAAAAUAGAGAGGAAUUAAAAACUGUUUUUAAUAAGGCCAUUAAAGCAGCAUUACAAGCUUGA